CAAGAUGUCCGCCAAAGAGUGAAAAAAUAAAUAUCACGUUUAUAUUAUUUUUAAACGUUCUAGAUAUAAGAUAUUUAGUCUCCAUUUAUGGAAACAUCUCUCCAUGGAUCCUAAUACUGCAAUUGUGUUUGAAACUAUUGGACUAAUUAAAAAAAGCCUGCAAUGUUCUAUAUGUCUUGACCUGUUUAACGAUCCACAUUCCACCAGAUGUAACCAUCAAUUCUGCAGCUGCUGUAUUAAAAAGGUAGUUGAUGAAAGAAAAGAGAAAAACAAGGAAGCACUUUGCCCUCUUUGUAAAAAUCCAAUCACAAAAAGGAGUUUGACUUCUAAUCCCAGGCUGAGAGAAAUAGUUGAAGUUGUCAGGAGAUUAAACCUUGCAUUUCAAGAAGAUGCUGGUAUACCAGACUCUCCUUAUCCUUUGGUUAAUACAAAACUGUCUGAUGUAGAGAAUAAGAACUGUUUGCAGUCUUCUUUCUCAAAUCCAACUCCACUGAAGCCAUCAAAGUUCAAAAGAUCUACUUUGGGUGGUGUUACCAAAGAGCAGCAGUUGGACAGCAGUGUUAACCAUGAGUCAUCAAAUCACAACAUCUUCGGAGAACAACUGGAAAAAAAUGAUAAUGCUUUAACACCACAAGAACGAAGAUGUUCUGGGUUUGAAAUCCUUUCAUUGUUGGAAAGCAAAGAAGAUGCCCAAACAGAACUAACAAAUAAGCAAAUUACUUUAGAUGAUGAAGUUAGCCACAAUGAUGAACUGUUGAAAGAUAAGUCUAGGAAUACGGAACUCCCAAACACAGGAGGAUCCUCCCAAACAACUCAAUUACAAACAGCAAAGAGUCCAGAGAAUGGCAGCACAGCUAAUUCUAAUAGUUCUGGUUCAUUAACCCUUGAUCCAAGAAUAUCCUCGCCAUCAAGUGUGUUAUCACAGGAUAGUGUGUCUCUAUUAGAUGGCUUAUUAUCACAACAACUGUGUCCUGCAGUUGAGAACACAGAUCUCAGAGAAGCAGAUCAAGAGGUUUCUCGUACACAAGACAGUGACACUUAUCACUCAAACACUGAUGAUGAAAAUAACAUUUUGAAAUCUUCUCAAGAAGAAAUCAUUGCUAAUUGUACUCCAAAUACUCCUAACUCCAGAGGAGCUACUCCCAACUCCAUAGGAAAUUCAAAUGAUAUAUUUAGUGAGCUUCAAAAGUCUCAGAAUGGUAAACGUCUAAUUAGCAAAACACCUAAAACAGGCCGGGGAGAAAGCGGCUACGUUACUCCUAUCAUUUCUAAUGAGAGUGAUUCUGAACGGUAUUCCACAAGCGAACGUGUCCCUCCUAGCGUAGAAUCAGAUUCAGAGUCAUACAAGGUAAUUCCGUUACCUCGUUAUGAAGAAUAUUCAGACGAUGAGAUUUCACCAGAAUUUCUGGGAAUCCGCUCUCGCAGCGUUCGGUCAACGCCCGAUUGUUCCCAUAAAAGGAACGAUGAUUUUAACCCUAUUGUCGAGGAAUUUUCAGAUAUGACAAUCCAAUCAUCAAUGAAAGAGAAAAGGUUUGGCACUAUUCAAAGUAAGCAAUCUGAGGUGGCAUCUUUAGAGAAUAUUGCCAAUUCUCAAGCAGAUAUUAAAAAUCCUGACUCAUCCGUCAUUUCCCCGUUACAUUCGGGGGGUUCUUUACGUCUGCACCAAUCCAAAAGAAAGCGCAGUCCAGGAGAAAACGAUUCUUUGAAGUGUCCACGACUCAGUGAUGAAAGGCGAGGUAAAUCUAAAACUUCCAUUGAGAAGAAAAAUGAAACCUUAAAACCUGAUUGUGACAAUGGCUUGAAAUUCCUGAAGACAAAUCGAAGGCAAGCCAAUUCCAACAGCAAGCUGCAAGUCACCAACGAAGUUCGUAACGCAAGUAGACAGGGAACCGCUAAUCAAUCAAACGAGACUACCAGAAAGAAAACAAAUUAUGAUCAAAACUUAUCUCAAGUAGAGAAGAUGUCAAGUGAUACGGAGGACGAUAUAAUUCCACCCACACCCCCUGUGAGGAUUCACGAACCUCCCGGAAAUGGUUCAAAUAACGAGAUAUUGAACAGGUUUUCAAGAAUGGAAAAUGUUUCUGAGGCGAACAUACAUGAGGUAAUUGAGGAAGAUUGCCUAAAGAAUGACUUAGAUGAUGGCAUUAACAAGUCAAGAACUUCAAGGUCGCAAAAUACCGCGAUGAGAAAUAUGCACAAAGAUGAAAUAGUUGAUGAUGAUAUAUUUGAAAAUGAUACAUCUGAUGAUGGCGGAUAUAACACUUCAUGUUUAAAACAUAGUCCGACAAAAAGGGAAUCUGUUUGCGAAGAACAAGAGGUUGAUGAAGAUAUGUUUAGUAAAGCUCCUGGUGAAGGUUAUAAAACUGCACGACCACAAAAUAUUACCACGGAAACGGAAUCCCCUCGUAAAAAUGAAAUGUUGGUCGAAGAUGAUUGGUUAGGAAAUUUUGAUAAUGAAGGAGAAGUGAUGACUGUGAAUGAAAGAAGUCCGAUCAUGGAAGAUGAUCGAUUGUAUUCCUCACAGGAGGAUUUAAAUAUUGCUUUACUGAAGAGACUUGCCCCUUUAGCGCCAAGUGACAAAGAAAGGGAAUUCGUAAGCGAUGGUGAAACUAGCGAUGGUAUUUCAACCAGUAUUUCGUCUUUGACUGAUGGUGACGGUGUGGAAGUAACAUCACAGAGAAUCAACUAUCUCCAUGGCGUCCUGGCGCAAACAGGCGGGGAGAUUGAGAAACUAACAAAAGACUUGAAGAAAUUGAGAAAGAGUGAAGACAUUGCACAAACGAAUAAACCAGAGUCUGAUCGUGAAGAUUUAUUCGAAAAGAAUUGUGCGAGGAAGAUAAUCAAUAACGUCUCAAAGAAUUACAGAAAGAACCGCGAAUCAUACGAAGCGAACCAUUCCGAGGAAUCGAAUGAAGACUCAGGUUGUGAAAAAGAAUACAAGAAUAACGAGACUUCUGAUAUCGAAAAUAAUGAACAUGAACUGGAGGACGCCAGCGACUCUGAUUGCGAUGAACCUUUUCACAAUAAGCAUGAGAACAACCAAAACCAUGACAUGUUCGAUUUGGAAAGCAAUGAAAAUAAUAACCGCUUAUUGUCAGACAAAAAGAAGGAGGUCGGCAUAAAAUCGUGUAUGAAUGGCGAUAUGAAAGAAAGCGACCAUGAGGUAGAAGUUGAUGAUAAAUAUGAUAGUCAUAAUGAAGAUGAUGAUGAAGAUGAGGACGAAAUCCUGGAACAUUGUACACUUACUCCCCCUCCAGCAUUGGAUCGUUCGACACUUAAGUUGACAAAACUACCUGCAGCGGUUCAAAACUUGCAAAAGCUGUUGCAAGAGGACGGUGACAGCCAGAAAUGUCCGGAUACAUCGGAUUAUAAGCACUCUACUCGUGAUAAAGCUGGCCGUGGUAAAGCCAUUUGCUCAUCGUCCAAGGUUUAUGGGAAGAAUAAAUACUUUGAUGAAGACGGAGAGAAGAUAAGGUUACCAAAAGACCGGUCUAAUGAACUCCUUUCGAGUCGUUUAGAACAGCAGAAAGGUUGGCAAAGUAUGAAUAAGGAAGCAAAUUGUCAAAUUGCGAAAAAGGAAAGUCGAUUACAAGGAAGUCAAAAGGAGAAUGGUGCAGUAUUCAAGCGAAGAUCUUCAGCUAGAGAUUUACCAGCCAGGAGAGUGGAAGAUACUGAAAACAAAAAUAAAAACUUAGAAAAGAGUGGAGGACAACCAGAUGAAAUCUUGACUGAGUUACGGAUCAACACAGUUAGACCAAAGCAACGCAAACUUUCUUCCAUGAUGGCGAAUUCUGUAAAUCAUGAAGCCGGACUUGCAUCUCGAUCUGUUAAAUUACCCCUAUGUUUUGUUCUAACCAGACUUCCAAAACAAUUUGUGUCCCUUGCAGAUUACUUAGCUAAACGUAAUGGCGGGAAAGUGUCUAGCGACGUGAGUGAGGAGACGACACAUCUCAUUAUGCCUACUGAUUCAAAAAUGCAUGCAAGCCGCAAGAACUACACCAUAAAAUAUUUGCUGGGAGUUGCUUUGGGGAAGUGGAUUGUCAGUCAACUUUGGCUUGCUGCUUGUGUUAAAUCUGGUCAAUUAGUAGAUGAAAAACGAUUUGAGGUGAAAGGUGAUGUUGAAGCAGCCCAGUCGCACGUUCCAAAUCUUGCACGUACCACUCGCGAAAACAAGGAUCCUCUUUUGUUUGAUGGUAUUUCAGUAGUGUGCUUUGGUGAAUUUAAUGGAGCAAUAUCACAAGGCCAGAUCGGUCAAUUAGUCCAAUAUUGUGGAGGUGAAGUGAUUGACAAUCAAGAGUUUAUAAAACAUAGACCUCCGGUGUUUGAUCUGAUUGUUAUCUGUGAUACAAUAUUAUCACAACGCACGGGAUUGCAAAUAAAAGAUUUGUGCAAACGACAUAGAACAUUUCCAGUUUCCUCCGAAUGGAUUACAGAUAGUGUUGCCAACUAUCAGCUCCAGGAUAUUGAGGAAUAUCGUAUGGAUAUUUAGGACUCGUAUCCUGUGUGACACUGAGACUGGAACUUUGACUUUGUGGUGUGAUAUUACUAAGAAAUUUUUAUCUGGUCCGUUUUUGUCCCGUCGCAAACCUAUUUCCCACGUUAGUGGAUAACUCACAUUCCUGUCACUCUAUUGAGCGAGAAUAAUUUAAGAAAUAUUUAAAUUAAAAAAAGGUGAAUUUUGUGGUAACUGGAAACGCUUUAUCCUCUUCAGAUCAACCUGAUAUGUCAAUGGGUUAUGUGACAAAUAACCACACACUCCCUCGUGCGUUUAAUACUACCAGACUGACUAUCAUAAAACGAUAAAUUAUCUUGUAACUGUUAGGCAACAUGAAUGCUGAAUUGUAAAAUUUAAUUCGAGUCGUUUUGCCGCUGAAGAGAUUAAUAAUUA